AUGGGUGAUUCAGAAACAUCACCGAAGCGCAGGUAAGGAAGGCGUCUAUGUGUUUACAUUCGGUAGGUGUUAUAAACAUCUCGGUUUUAAAUCAGGUUAGUACCUCAUUAAGUGGUGACAUGUUUUGUCGUAAAUCGGGCGACAUAAGGCGUGCAACGAAGAAUCUCAGUUGAUGCAGCAUUCACUGAUUGAAAUGAAGAAAAGAAGAAAAUAACCUAAAUCAGUGGAGGACAUCGGUAACAGCGGGCUUUGACCAACGGUGAUAAGAUGAUUAUUAUCCUUCUAAUAGAAAUGAACGCGAUAUUUGUUGGACUGCCAAUGAAAAGGGAAGUUGACUUCAAAUCGGAAUAACUGACACUUUGAACUGACACUUUUAUAAUUUGUGAGAGUUAAGAAUAAUAUAUAUUGUUUAAAAAAUUGGCUUUCUCAAUUUUCUUUUUGCCGUUCGUUAACAGAAAGCUGGAUAACCCAGACACAGAUCCUGAUGGUAAGUAUCGCAUACACUGAUUUGGAAAAAGUUAAUUUAUACGCCCGCCAGUACCACUUUUUAUAUUUGUUACUGUAGAAUACCGAUUUUACUUCCUUCUACCAAUGAAACACUGUUAUUCUACAACCGAUUUAUCAAUCCUCCCGAUAGUUCUAGCCAAUUUGCUUUUCCCAAGGUGGUUUGGAAACUUGGGAUCCUAUUUUAGAGGCUCUCUAUGGGUGUCUGCGGACAUCGUUUUCUAACAAAUCGUCGGUUUUUCAACGAAAUCGUCACAUAUCAAAAAGUGUUUUGCAUGGUAACACAACUAGGGAGCGCAAGCAAUCACGGCGACGACGACGGAAAUCGUCCUUUCAUCAACAGCGAUAGUUGCCACUUCGAUCUCGUCGGAAAUACCCAUAUAUACAGUGUCUCACUGCAGUUGUGGAGACCAUAUAAGAACUAAUACUUUCCCUCCUCAAGAAUAAGUAACAAAUGUUGAUCAAUAUCCACUCAGCUUCAGUCUUACAAGCCUAGUUUUGAGACAUUUCACGAGGGUCACGGUGAGAACUUAGAAAUAUAGCAAUCGUCGUUUCAUUUCGUUUUCUCUUGCCUAUGCAUUUAUGGUUCGCUGUUUUCUAACAGGAAAAAAUGAACCGAAUGGUUCUCAAGUGGGCAAAAAAGACAACGCGGAAAGAGUGGAACAUUGCAGUAAAAUAAUUCCUCAUAAGGAAAUGAAUUGGAAUCCAAAGCAAGUUCGACCUGAAAUCGCCAUAUUGUAUCGACGUAUUGUUGACAGUCUAAAUCAAAAGGAACCAGAAGGAUUGAAGAGUUUUGAACGAAGUGCUAUGCAUUUGGAAGCAUUCAUAAAAAGCCAGACCUCUUCAACUGAGGUCAAAAAAGAACUUCCAGGUUUUGCCAUAAACGCUGCAGACAAAGAGACCACAUCAAAGGCGAACGUACCCUUAGCAAAUUGUCCUACAUACGGGUUAUCUCAAGACGUCACUGGCAAGUUACCUGUAAGCUCUAAUGGUGAGGAUAAAACAAUUUUACAUACAUUAGCUGGUGGUAGCAGACAAAAUCGUGCAUGACGCGUGCUUAGCGCGCGUAUCGUGAAAUAUAAGGUCUUUGAUGUUUUUCUGUGAGAAUAUGGUGGCCAGCCCAGUAAUAAUAUGACAUAAAAUUGUAACAGCAUUCGGGGUAUAGGUAAGCAUGAAAAUGUAAGGUAGCCUAACCUGACGUUGAAUAACAUAAUAUCAAAACGUAAUGUAACACAACGUGAAAUUGCAUUGUGAAAGUAACAAAAUAACACUGGGGACAAAUCAACAAUCUAUACAAUAGAACACACAAAUUCCCAGGAAAUACAAAGGAUUUAAAUAGGCCAUUUUCACGAUGGCGUCAAUUUACUACUACGACCAGAAUCCCUUUGAAUAACAAAAGCCCUAAUUUGACAGGAAAGCAAAACGCUGAAGGAUUCUGGUCGUAUUAGUAAAAUAAUGUCAUUGUGCAAAUGACCUAUUGAACGUAUAACGUCUGCAGGCAGCUGUAAAAACUGAAAAAAUUACUACCUUGCCUGACCAAAAGACCGGGGGAAAUUUCUCUCGAGCAAGUCAUUAUUUAUUUUAGAUUCAAUUGGUUUAGUUUCAAUUGGCAUGUUAUGGUUAUUUUGGGCUAAUUAGAAAGCGUAGCAUUGCAAGCGACUGAAGUAAAAUUGAUUUCAAAUCUCAACUAAAACCCCUCUGCAUUAUUGACUUAAUACAUCAGAAACGAGCAAUGGAUACACUCCAGCAAGUCAAGUAACUUCACAGCUAAAUCAUUCGGAGUUUACUCUGUCAAGUAAGGACCGCAUCCGUGGGGUAAGUAUCUCGAAUUCAAAGUCUACCCUAAGUUACAUUUCGAGCAUUAUUUACAUUACUUUGUGUGGCCACUUUUCCAGGCUGCUUGUGGGCUCAGAUUGCUGCCCUGCAAUCAAUACGUCUAAAAUGAAAGAACUAGUAUAAGAGCAUCCAACAACGACCAAGGCCAAACCUUAAACACCUUACACUAACUACAACUCCAAUCACUUAAAGGGGCUAUGUGUUGAGGAUGUUGCUGAUUGAGUUCAAUUCUGUGCUGAGGGCAUUACUUAGUACCUUUACCAUACACAAAAUACGCAAAUAGAGUAGACUUCAAACAAAUAUCACCAUGCAGCACAAACCAUAAAAAUGUUUUUGGUGAUUUUUCCAGGCAGGGCAUUAAAACACGAAAAGGUUGGCCCAACUUUUUCAAGUUUCAAUCCAUGUCCAUCCUUGCCAUCCGUUACACCAGACAACAGGAAACCCUUUCAAUGCCUAAAUAUAGUCCUAAAUGACAAAACUGAAACAUUAUUUUUGGAAUUUGAUUGAUAUGAAGACCAGUUCUAACGUUUUUAAAAAUGAGGAAAUGUCGUGUUACGUAGCCCCUUUAAGAGAUAUAGAAUUACAUUGCCAACCUAAUCUUACCAACUUGCUCUAGGUCUUGCCCGGGAUUGAGACCAAGCAUUUCAUUCAACAGUUCAGCGCCUUAAAAGGAUAAUGAGGGAAAACCUUGAUCAGACGCCAAAUCGCAAGGUCGAAAAAGCUGCCCUUGUUGCGUUGCUUCUUUUGAUAACAAAUUUACUCCUGAUACUCCUUCAGUUACAUUAAUGAAUACAGGAAGUAUAUAAACCUGGAGGUAAUUUUGUGAUGCGUCCCAUGCAAAGGGAGGGGUGGGGGGGGGUAAUAUCCAUAAAUGAUCAUGCUAAAGAGAACGCGUUAAACUCGAGCAAUAAGUAGAUCACCUUUGGCUAUUUGAGAUUAUUGAUGUUUAGUUACAAGGAGUGACUUCGUCGUUUAUCGGCUCCUAGGAAAUCUAAGUUUCUUUCCUGAAACCAAAUACGCAUAACACUUGGAGACGUGGUCAUUGAUAGCAGGUUAUAUUAACAUUCUUCUUGUCUUCAUUUUUAAUAGGAAAUUAAAAAAAUCAUAAAAGACCGCACGAGAGAGACGCUUGCUGAAGCCGAAAAGCUCCAGGCUCGAGUUUUCACCCUAGAAACAGAAAAUCGCAACUUAAAGCAGAAAGUAAAGACGCUAUACAGCGCCGUGAAGGGACUAAAAAACCAACAGAAUAAGGUUAGAAUGUCUGAUAUGCACAUAUAUUAAAUCUAAAAAGGACACCGCUAUAUAAAGGAUAGUUCACGACGUCGGUUAUGUUGGUUUGAGGAGUAAGGGAUGGUGCAGUAGCCUGCGAAAACAUCCGUUUCUCCUCGCUCUUGGAAUUUCCAUACUGAUGACGUAAAACCUGUCCGAAAUCCAUCAGAAGCACUGAUUGGUCGACGGAGUAGUUACAUUGUUUUAGCUAUUGUUUACGAAUGACAGAAAAAAGACAAAAGGCCACAAAGGUCACACGUAAACGGGAAGAAUCUCUAACCGAACAGUCAAUAUUUGUAGAAUAUAGUGUUCUCUAGAGGAAGCAUUUGAGUUUCGCUGAACACAACACUUUACUAAAAUCGACCAGAAGACACGUAAAAUUUAGAAAAUUGGACACAAAUAUAUUUGGAGCCCCAUGACUACCGGAUUUAUUAUGUAAACAUUGAUUUGCGUCAUCAAUAUGGAAUUUCUACUCCCGAGUCGCAGACGUUUCUCCUUGCGAAACGUUCCCAGCGGCGAAGAGCGAGGAGAAACGGAUGUUUUCGCAGGCUACCAAUGUGGUCCAGGUUCAAAUCCCAGUUUCAGCGCCAUAUGUGGGUUGAGUUUGUUGUUGGUUCUCUCCUUUGCCCCGAGAGGUUUUUCUCCGGGUACUCCCGUUUUCCAAAUUCAAAUUCGACCAGGAAUCAGGUAGACGAAGAACCACACUGUGGAUGUGCUACCUCCAAAUCAUUAUUUUUUUAUUUAUUUUAUUUAUUUAAAGGAAGAUUGGCACAGGUGGCUCUGAAACAACGCCCUUAUAAAACCCAUUGUUUUUCGUCUGUCUUGAGAUACCCCACUGGAUUAUAUUGCCAUAAACCCAAGAAUCUUUGGACUAUAUCACAGAAUAACUUUCCCAGAACCUAAUAAUUCAAAUGCUAACACAACAUGUAUUCUUCCUCGGUUGUUUAAAAAUACAAGAACAAGGAUAAUUGUAGACACGUAUUUUUAACAUGACGUAGCGUAUGAGAUGUCAGUUUAUUAUACUCUUUAAUACUCAUCGUUAAUUACUACAAUUUCAAAGGAACUAUCAAGAGGAAACGUAACGUCUCGCACAGUACAAACAGAGCCACAAAUUCAUGCAGUGGAUGUUCAAACAAUGAGACUAAUACCAUCCGAAAAACCUCUUCCUAUCCCUGCCAUUACGGUUGGAGCCUUGUCCAUUACCAGCAACAAGCCUUUGUUUUCUGUCAGCAAGACACAUCCAACAUUGAGCUUCUCACCUCACAGAAGUGUAUCUCACUGCACGACCUCAGUAGAUCAAAAAGAUCCUCAAGGGAAAGAAAGUUUGGUUUGUACAGGCUCAGGCACCAAAAAUGGAUCUGUUUAUUUAUCAAAAUACGUGCCAUUAAUGUCUCAAACUCCAUAUUGCCACACAAAGAGGCCAUCAUUAGACAAUGGAAGUGGAAGCCUUUUAUCACCUAUGAAAAAUCCCUACAGUGUGGCUACUUCAUCCACACAUAACGAUAACAAAGGGAACUUGAAAAGAAACCCUGUAACGGUCCUUAACCAAGUUUUACAGCAAAUCUUACCAGAAAGUUUUACGGCUAUGGAAGAAAAGGUCAAAACGUUAUGUAGCCCUGAUGCAUCGAGAGGAUCCAAUAUAAGUCACCUGUCUCCAGAAAGUACAGCUGAAGGCUCACCGUUGGCUAACAGUAAAAGGCCAGAAACCGUUUGGACUACAUCUCUUCAUCAACAAAGCUCUCAACCUGGCGUUUUAAACGAAGACUUCAAAAGAGGCACACCAUAUGUUGAAAGGGCAGCAGCAUCUUAUAACUACAACGUGUUUAAUAGGGAGACGAGAUGCGAUGUGGCAAAUUCUAAUUGUGAAACACUAACCAAGUCCUGGAUCUCGGCAACAUAUGAGAGCCAUUCCAGAAAACAUGACACAGUUAAAGAUAUCAGUAAAAGCAGAAAAUCAUUGGAACAUUCUUUUCUUGUUACCUCAGCGCUUGAAAACGAGGCGCAGUCGCAUGUAGUUCACUCUGAAUCACAAUUCAUGAUAGCGGUUUCUCGGCCAUUUGACAGUUUUCCGUCACAGCAUUCAAGAACAGAUUACAGCGCUCCUAAAACAUCGGGAUGUCUAUCGGUUGUGAGCCCUUCCACUGUCACAAGAGGCCAAUCCACAGGCCAAAGAAACUGUAUAUUUUCGCCAUCUGAAAUGGCAGGAUUAGGACCGAAAGCCUCUACACAAAAGCUUUGUCCCUUGAGAUCCACCUCAACUCAAACUUCCCAGUUGUCAGGAAAACUAAUUCCUUAUGAAAGAACUGAGAAAAGGCAAAUGAACCUGGAUGGAUCAAGAGUGAAAAAGAUAAACAUCGGUGACAAUAGAAUGACUCCUUACGAACCUCCGUCCUCCUUGCAAGCUCAGUAUUCCCCACCAACAGCAACAGCUGGAAGCUCAACCUCUUUGUCUGACUUAAAAACUCCUUACCAUGCGUAUGAAGGACAAGGAUUUGAAAAUCCAGUAGCAAUUCUGCACUCCACACAGAAUAUUGACGGAAAGCAAACACACCAAACUUCUGGCAAAAAACCUGAAGUCCCUUUCAACAAUAUUUCUGUUUUUAAUUCACAAAAGAUAAUAGAUGACCAGACAUUCCGGAAGGAGAAUGUUUCUAGUUGCGAGUCACGUUUCGGUCCAGUUUCCCCAGGGGAGGGUCAAAUGAUGCCCCAUCGGCAUAGCAGGACAUUGGAGAAUGGCGACUUUGUCUCACUUGCAAGAAUGUACCGAGAUAAAGAGGAUGGUAAGCAAUACAAACCAAGACCAGCCAUAAUGCCAAACAUAGUCAUCAGCCAGCCAAGAUAUCAACCUUAUCCAAGUAUCAGGGUGAAAGGAAAGGAAUCCCACCAGCCGUCAGUCAGGUCAAACACUCAUGGUGUUUAUGGAAUGUAUCACAGGAGAUCACCAAAGACGAAUAAGUCACCAUCACCAUUUGAAGUACCUCUACAUCCUGACCCAGAGCUAUCUCCAAAGCAACAGCCUGAGAGUAUGCACCAGAACAUGUCACCAAAAUGUUUUCGUUUCCCUGAACCAGCAUUACAUCAAAAUGGUUUUGACUCGUAUGCUCUAUUGAAUUCUAAUCUCCACUCCCGUUCGAUGAAUUCGCUAAACCCUCCCUAUCUUAGUCAAGGACUAUCACAAUUUUCUCAUAGCCCCACAGCUACAAGUGGUUCCCCACAGAGAGGGUUGUGUUCUGUCCAGCCCAUCAAAAGUAGGGUUGAUUUACCCAGUAAAGACCCUGGAACGAGUAACAGUGAUUUGUAUGAUGCAAGUUCACCGACCUCUCUCCGCGAUAAUAACAAAACGGCUGGGGAAUCGUUAAGUUUCAAUUGCAAUUCGUUAUCUGAUUAUCCUUCUUCACGAGUCGGGAAAGACGAUGAAAAGGAUCAUCGACCUCCUAAGCACCCCUUACGAAGUACGUCUUCCCAACCAAAUGGGUCUGCUAAACCACAGGUAGAAAUGUCGCCAUUAUGUCAGCGAUACCUUAAUCAUCUAAGAAAAUUUGCUCAAGUUCGAUUACUCUCGCUUAACUCAGGAAUGAAAAACGAAAAUGAUAAUUGCCAACAGCAUACAUUUCAGAAAGGCUCUCUAAAACGACAGCUUGAAGUCCAAAACGAUCAGCUGAAAAAGAAUCCCCGGUCAUCGUCAUCCCAGGGUGUAAAAAAAGACAACCAUGCCCUUCAGCAACACAGACCUCGUCGACUGAUUUUUCAUCAUCUAAAAUUUACCAAUCCGCGGCAAAGAACGCAAACUUUUCAAGAAGGGCGGUCGAACUUAUUAGACUGUGAAAACACUCCACAAAGUAAACAGAUCCCUGAAGGAAAAUUAGGAGGGCAUAAUCUAAAGACCGAAUCUAAAACAGAACUUAAGACCACUCAAACAUCUUUAACGGAAGAUAGCAAUAAAGGACACCAUAAAGAAUAAACCUAGUUUGCUGGCUACAUGAACAUAGGUGUAGUUCAGAGCGGUUAGGCUGGCUUUUCUGCGAAUCUGAAAGUCCUGCACUAUAUUUAUAUCUUUUACGUAUAGGUUAAUAAGCCUCUAUAGGAGACGACCUUAGCACAACCUGCGAGCGCUAAGGACCUAAAAUACUUUACUGUCAUAAAGUCGGUUUCAGUAAGAGUGGAUGAUACUGUUCAAUGAAGUAUAAAAUUGUUCUAAGAAGAGGUGAGUUCGUAUCUUAAAGGAUAAGACAAAGACAUCACUCGAGAGUGUUUGCAAAAUUAGGACAGGUAUUAAUUAGGUGCACUUGAAUUAAACAGUCUAAUGUACAGCAUAAUAGAGAAGAGAAGUAAUGAGGU